GUGGUCCCUGAGGAUGCUGCAGGCUUCAGGUGUCAGCAGUGGUUCCAUGAGGCCUGUACCCAGUUGUCUACAGGAGGACAUGUUGUUUGGAGACAGGUUCUACCUGUCCUGUGCAGUGUGUGGCGGGGCUCAGAGUGUGUGCGCGCCCUCCCCCUCCGCUGGGUGGACCUGGUCCAGCUGGUCCUCUACAACCUGUCUCUCAGCAGCAAGAAGAAGUACUUUGAGCUGGAAGAGAUCCUGGUCUUCAUCAAACAGCACUGGGAUCACCUGCAGCUGGGCAAGCUGUCCAACACUCCUCCUGCAGAGAGGGGGCAGCACCUGCUGGAGGCUCUGAACAAAUACAAGAGCAGGUUCCUGUGUGGGAAGGAGAUAAAGAAGAGAAAGUGCAUCUUCCGCCUGAGGACCAGAGUCCCCCCCACCCCCCCCUCCAAACUGUUUCCUGAGCGUGCUCAGAGCACCGCAGGUGGGAGGGGCGUGGCCAGGUACAGUGCCUCAGCUGAGAGGAGGAAGAGGAAGUCCAAGUGGCUGCUGGAGGACGCCAUCCCAAAUACGGAGCUCUCCUGCAGCUGGUCCUCCCCACAUCACAUGGCCAACAUCUUCGACUUCACCCUGGACGAGCUGCAGAGCCUCAAGAGCAGCUCCAGUACAGCGGUCAGUAUCGACCAGGACUCCACCUCCGGCUCUGCUACCAGCAGCUGCUCUCAGAUCAGAGGGGGACUGGGCAGCAGAAAGAGGAAGCUGCCUAGCAACAGCUACAGCCAGUGGGCCAAUCGCAGCGAAGCGGGGGAGGAGCCUCCCGAGCUGCUGGAGGAACAGGAAGCCGCCGCCCACUUCCUGUCCGACUGCCCCCCCCUGCACUCCUCCAUCUCCUCGUACUUCGGGGGGGCGGGGCGGCUGAGCAGCGGCGAGCGGUACCAGGUGCUGGCCCGCCGGGUCACUGCGGGGGGGCAGACCCAGUACCUGCUGCAGUGGGAGGGAACCACGCCUUAUUAGGGCGUCACAUGACCUGCUGCAGUGGGAGGGAACCACGCCUUAUUAGGGCGUCACAUGACCUGCUGCAGUGGGAGGGAACCACGCCUUAUUAGGGCGUCACAUGACCUGCUGCAGUGGGAGGGAACCACGCCUUAUUAGGGCGUCACAUGACCUGCUGCAGUGGGAGGGCACGUUACUGUAACAUCAUGUGAUAUAAUGUGACUGUGUUACAGUCACAUUAUAUCACAUGACCAGCUUCCCCCUGUGCAGAUAUCAUGUGAUAUAAUGUGAGCUACUGUUCAGCUCCCCUAUUGGUUCAUCUUAUCCUCACCUGUGCAGAAACAUGAUGCUAUGCUAACAUAUAUAUGUGAUAUACACACAGAUAUCUACACACUGUGUGACAUGUUAUUAUUAAUGCUUCAGUGUUACUCAGUUUAAAUGCAGCCAAAGAACACACACACACUCACUCAAACACACUCUCACACACACACACACACUCACAUACACACACACUCACAUACACACACACUCACAUACACACACACACACACACACACACACACACACACGGUCAGUAGUGUUAUAUGAGUGUUCGUGUUAUGGUAUGCCUGAAUCAGUUUGUGUUGUUUCCUGACAUGUUAAACAGUCAGACCCCCCCCCCCCCCGCCCAGCUGUCUAACAGCCUCACCUGUCUCACUGCUCUACCUGUGCAGGUAAACAUCAGGUGAGAUAUUUAGCUCUUGAACUUUCUGUUAACCCCCAGAUUACCCAGAGUGCACUGCUCCUGUUCCGCUCUUAUCUAUGCAAACAUCAAAGUGUAUAAUCAUUGAGGUUAGCUUCAGGCUAACACAGCCCAUUGGUUUGAAUGAGGAAUGCUAACAGUGCUAACAGUCUCGGAGACGUUAAAAUGUCACUCUGUCACUUUAAACCUAGCUGCCAUGGUAACCACGCUCCCCUCCCAUUGGACGGUUGUUUUGAUCAUGUGACUGUUUGUAUGCCUUUUGUUCCGUUAAACUGACCAAUCAACUGCCAGCUCUCUGAAUAAAACAAAAAAAUGUUUUACCUUUGA